AUGACGAGUCUCCUACAGUUUCUGCGGAGGCUCUACUCUCUCGACACGCUCGACACUCGCCUCACCGUCUCCUCCAGCACCCCCGUCAAAGCUGUUUCCGAUAGUAAAGAUGGUCGCGCUCAGGAAAUCGCUGCUGGCGCUCAGCCGUCCAAAUGGAACACCCCAGAGUUUUAUGUUUAUUAUCUCGUCUUCCUCACGGUUGUGCCGAUGAUGUUCAAGACGGUUAUCGAUGUGUCGCAAGAGAGCCAUCCUACUUACUCUACUUAUGCUCGUUUGCUUUCUCCUGGAUGGAUCCCUGGACGUAAAGUGAUAUUCGGUGUGCUGAGUUUGAGGCGUGAUCAGGACAAUUCAGAUCUUCAAUAUGCCAGUUUUCGUGACAACAUGCCCUAUCUAUUGAUUCUGCUGGCUGUGCAGCCGAUUCUUCGUCGGAUUUAUAACCGUUUCAACUCAAUCGAGACACACAAAUCUCAAGAAGGGCAAAAACAGUUCGCACAUAUCGCCGCCGCAGCGGAUGCUCGUCUGAAACAGCGCACGGUGUUUGAUUUCGGUUUUGCCAUUUUGUUUCUCAUUGGCUUGCAUGGCAUCUCUGUUUUCAAAAUAUUUUUCAUCUUAUACAUCAAUUAUAAAAUCGCCAAGGACCUCCCUCGGUCUUAUAUUCCGGCUGCAACGUGGAUUUUCAAUCUGGUGGUUCUAUUUGCAAACGAAUUGUGCGAUGGCUACCCGUUAGCCAACAUCGCCAAACUAUUUGUCUCACCGGAAGUUUUAGCUGGAGAUAAGACCCCUACUCUAGUUGAAUGGGCGGAAUUCUUGGACGGCUUCGGUGGAUUGAUGGCUCGGUGGCAGAUUCUUUUCAAAUUCACCAUUCUACGUCUGAUUAGCUUCAACAUGGACUAUUAUUGGAGCCUGGAUUACAGAUCAGGAAGUCCAAUUGAGAAACAACUCGAUCCCGCCUCGUUAUCCGAACGGGAUCGUGUCUCUGUGCCGGCGGAUCCAUCAGCUUACAAUGCAUUAAACUACACUGCAUAUGUGCUCUACUCGCCUCUCUACCUAUCUGGACCAAUUGUCACCUUCAACGACUAUGUAUCUCAACAGCGGUAUCCGUCUCCUGCUCUCACUCGCGCUCGGAUUGUGUUGUAUGGCAUCCGAUUCUCCCUCAUUGUGCUGUGCAUGGAGCUCGUCCUACAUUUCAUCUACGCAGUCGCCAUAUCGAAAUCCACGACCGACUGGUCAACCUACACGGCCGGCCAGCUCAGCAUGCUAGGCUACUUUAACCUGCACAUCAUUUGGCUCAAACUCUUAAUCCCGUGGCGCUUUUUCCGACUGUGGGCAUUAAUCGACGGGAUCGAUCCACCAGAAAAUAUGGUCCGAUGCAUGUCAAACAACUACUCCGUCCUUGCCUUCUGGCGUUCGUGGCAUCGGUCCUACAACCGCUGGGUGGUACGAUAUCUCUACAUCCCCUUGGGCGGUACCGGAAAUCCUCGCACCACCAAGCCAUCCCCCGCAACCCAACCAUCCCCCACCGCAAAGUCACUCCUCUCUCGCGCACGCGGCGUCAUCAACCAACUCGUCGUCUUCACCUUCGUCGCCGUAUGGCACGACAUCAACCUGCGACUACUCAUGUGGGGAUGGCUCAUCACAUUCUUCGUCCUGCCGGAAAUCAUCGGCUCUCUAUUGUUCCCAGCAUCGAAAUGGCGUUCUCGUCCAACAACAUAUCGCGUGAUUUGCGGUAUUGGGGCGGUGAGAAAUAUCCUGCUACUGAUGAUUGGUAACCUGGUGGGGUUUGCUCUGGGACUUGAUGGGGUGAAGGGGUUGGUAGCGGGCAUCUUUGAUUCUUGGGUUGGCUUGGUCUUCUCGUUGGGUGCUUGUGCGGCGCUUUUUGUCGGUGUGCAGGUUAUGUUUGAGACUAGGGAGAGUGAGAAGAGGAUGGGGAUCAAACUGAAUUAUUAG